AUGCCGGAAUAUACCCUGAAGUUCUCUUCUUCUGCGGUUGCGGAUACGGCUGCGUUCAAGUUGCUUGAGCUGCCACCCGACCUGAGCAAGCUGGUCGAGUCGAAUCCCGAUGAAUCCUCGAGCUGGUCAAUCAAGGGGAACCCUGACGAAGAUGCUGUGCUCUGUACCGCAGACAAGACGCACACCAUUCGCUCGAUAGCUCUCUCAAAUUCCGUCAUCGUGGCAACAGCAGGGGACAGGGAAGACACCUCUACCGAUGAGGCUUCUUAUUCUACCUCUGUCGAGGUGCGAAAUCAGCUGAACGAAAUCCUUGAGCUGGUGCCGUCGGUCCCGAGGCUUCACAAGCUGCACGUUCUGUUACGAGGGAAAGAGUACGACGAAGGGCAGGAGGGGGAUGAUGAUAUGCAUAUGGACGAAUCUGAAAAGUUCACGUAUGAGGAGGCAAGAGCGACGCUACAAGCGAGCGACACGGAGCUAGACCAAGGCCUCAAGAAGAGACGUGUUCUCAUUCUCAACGGCGAGCUCCGCCCGAUCUCUCCGACCUACUUGAACGCCAUACUCGAGCUUUUACUCACUCGUCUCGUCUCAUUAUCGCUCCCACAUGAUUCUGCGUCAAUAGACGCGCUGUGCUGCGCACUUCAGGACGGUUACGACGUCCGGAAAUACGUCUGCAAACAGUGGUGCACGGACAAAACUGCCGUUGUGCGUAAAAGCGUUGGCGACACCUUCGAGUCCGAGGUGUCCGUCGACCUCCUCUCCGGCAAAUACCUCACACAAACAGACGUACUCAAAGAGCCGCCUAUCGUGGUCCUUAUAUACUUCCCGUGCUUCCAACUCCCCAUCGACCCCGCGGCGCGCUUCACGGAUCUCUUCCUCACACGGCCGCGCUGGAAGGCUGACGAGAUUCCCCCUUUCCUCGCGGACAUCGUUGUGGACGCCAAGGAGCGGGACAAAUUUCUGCUGAAGUAUACGCGGGCGAUCACGGAUGCGGAGGCAAUACGGUACUCUGCACGGGCGAAGUACAACGGGUAA